UUGAGCAUGCUUUUUAGUCCAGCACUAGACUCAAUCUGUGUCCAGGAAACAGGCCCCAUAUGUAUUACUGACAUGCUUGUCCUUGUUCAGGACUCCACACACUGGCUUCAGAUUGAACCCUUGACUUCCACUGUCCAGGGAGUGACAAUGUUCAGACACAGGACACCCAAAGGGAGUUAUGAGUGCACAGUGUCUGGGCUCCGCUGGCUGUGUGAGAGAGAUGUCAUUCUGAAGUAUCACUUCAGGAACUGGGAACCCUACAGUCAACUUCUGAAAGACAUGCAGUACACACAAGGUGGUCCAUUGCUGGACAUCACUAUGGAGUUAGGUGAACUGGAGGAAGUUAAUCUGCCACACUUUGUCUGUUUAGGGACCAACCCUUCCCUGAGGAAUGAGAUGAAGAUUCUUCAUGUAGAGGAACAUGGAGUGUCUUUAGAGGAAGUGCAUGAGGUCACCAGAUUCCAUGCUAAGAUUCUCCAUCCCAAGUUCUCAGCUAUCUCUGUUAUACUGAGCUAUAUCUUUUCAUGGAACGUAGAUGUCCACUGUGAGCUGAUGCUCUAUCUGACAGUGAAAAGGGAAACAUUAAUUUCUCGCCUGUACCUGUUCCCCUGGAACCCCGGCCAAAUACAGGCUGUGGAACAACAGGAAAAGCCUCAAGGGUCUUCAAGGAUUCUCAUCUCCAGACCAGAGCAGUCCUUCAAACUGAAUAGUUCCUUCAGACUGAACAUUCCCUGUUCUACCGCCAUCAAUCCACAGAAGAUUCAUCUCAUACAAAGAGACACCACACCAAGCUUUUUCAGGGCGGUUGUGAAAAUGACAGCUAUUGACAUUGAGAUGGAGUUAUUCAAUGAUGAUGAGAGGACAGUAUGGAAAGAGAAAGUAUCACAAGAUGAAUACAUCACUGACACCUGUUCAACAAGUGCUGUGUCGGGGGCAGGAGGUCCAGCUAAGAGCAGUCUGACUGGUUCUGCAGAGCAGCAGCUGCGUUCUGUACGGACAGAGUUUGUGAAACGAGCGUCAAGAGCUGUCCUGGAUGGUCUGCUGGACGGACUCCUGCAACACACAGUCAUCAACCAGGAGGAAAUGGAGUCAGUGAAGGUGAUAGCUGAGAGGGCAGAGAAGGCACGUGACAUCAUCGACAUGGUGUUGAGAAAAGGAACUGAGUCGUGUUCCAGGAUGAUCAACCUUCUUGGGGAGCUGGACCACUGUCUUUGUUCACAGCUUCAGAUCAACAGUGUUGGGGUACCAACUUAAUGGUAGAAUGGAUAGUAACAUUGUUGGGGUACUAACCUAAUGGUAGAAUGGAUAGUAACAGUGUUGGGGUAGCAACCUAACGGUAGAAUAUAUAGUAACAGUGUUGGGGUAGCAACCUAAUGGUAGAAUGGAUAGUAAGAGUGUUGGGGUACCAACCUAAUGGUAGAAUGGAUAGUAACAGUGUUGGGGUACCAACCUAAUGGUAGAAUGGAUAGUAACAGUGUUGGGGUACCAACCUAAUGGUAGAAUAGAUAGUAACAGUGUUGGGGUACCAACCUAAUGGUAGAAUGGAUAGUAACAGUGUUUGGGUACCAACCUAAUAGUAGAAUGGAUAGUAACAGUGUUGGGGUACCAACCUAAUGGUAGAAUGGAUAGUAACAGUGUUUGGGUACCAACCUAAUGGUAGAAUGAAUAGUAACAGUGUUGGGGUACCAACCUAAUGGUAGAAUGAAUAGUAACAGUGUUUGGGUACCAACCUAAUGGUAGAAUGAACAGUAACAGUGUUGGGGUACCAACCUAAUGGUAGAAUGGAUAUUAACACUCCUAUUCAAACAUACCUGAUCCUAGAUCGUCUCUCAAGACAUCAGUCGGGAAGUUAAAGCUUGGUCACAAAUGGGUCUUCCAAAUGGACAAUGACCCCAAGCAUACUUCCAAAGUUGUGGCAAAAUGGCUUAAGGACAACAAAGUCAAGGUAUUGGA